AUGUAUUUUGCAAAGCGGUUUCUCUUUCUACAAACGUUGCUUCAUUUCCUCCUCCAGUUUGGCACAUCAUCACUGGAUGCCAUAACUACCAGCCAAAACAUCAAAGAUGGUGGUGAGUUUUUAGUCUCUACCCAAAAAACCUUUGCGUUUGGUUUCUUUACUCCCGGUGAGUCCACCCACCGUUAUGUUGGGAUUUGGUAUUACAGCGCUCCAGAAAAAACCGUGGUGUGGGUUGCAAACAGAGACACUCCUCUUAAAGACAAGAAUGGAGUUCUCUCAAUUGAUGUUCUUGGAAACCUCGUACUCCACGCCGACAAUCAGAGUAGCACACCCAUCUGGUCCACAAAUCAUGUUUCGAAACCAAGCAACCACAAUACUCUCGCUCAGCUCAAGGAUUCAGGAAAUCUUGUCUUGAUGAGUGAGAAUGGAACAGGGGAGGUAUUAUGGGAGAGCUUUGACUAUCCAACGCAUAUUCAGCUUCCAGAAAUGAAAAUUGGGAUAGACCGAAAGACGGGCCUGAAACGGUUCCUAACAUCUUGGAAGUCCAGAGAUGACCCGGGAACCGGGAAUUGGUCAUACAAGAUCCACACCAAUGGCUUCCCUCAGUUGUUCUUGUACAACGGCGACAUUCCGCGGUGGCGCUCCAAUUACUGGACUGAUGUUGGAUGGAGCAGCGUACCCAAAUUGGCAAGUCAUCUAUUAUUCAGUUUUAGUUUGGUGGACAACCAGAGAGAGACUACCAUAACCUGGAGUCCGAUUGCAAAUCAAGUAAUCUUAUCAAAAAUAGUCUUAAACGAGUCCGGGUGGAUCCAACGGUCUGUGUUGUUUCAGGGACAGAAUAAAUGGACUCCUCUUGGGUCAGUACCUUAUGCGGAUGGGUGCGACACAUACGGCGAGUGCGGUGCGUUCGGCAACUGUGAUGUCAAUGCUGCUAAUGAUUCCAAGUGCUCGUGUCUACCGGGGUUCCUGAGAAAUGCGCUAGGCGGGUGCGCGAGGAAGCAGGGAGAGGCAUCCCUUUGCUGGAGCGGUAAAGCUUUCAAGAAGGUGGUCGGCGUGAAGGUUCCAGAUACUUCAGUGGCAAGAGUAGAUGUGAGUGUAAGUUUUGGUGCGUGUGAAGAACUGUGCUUGAAGAAUUGUUCUUGCUUGGCUUAUGCCAGCUUGGAUGUGAGUCAAGAAGGCGGGUGCAUUACAUGGCAUGGUGUUUUGGUAGAUACACGCACAUUUAAGGAAGGGGGCCAAGACUUGUACGUGCGUGUGGAUGCGCUCGAGUUAGUUUCCGCCUCUACACUAAAGAAAUCAAAGGGGUACUUCUUUGCAAAUAAGAGGAGGCUGGCAAUUGUGGUGGUGGCCAUACUUUUUACUUCAUUUCUUCUUCUCCUAUUUUCAAGCUGGUUGAUAAAGAGGAAGAGUAAAGAGAGCAGAAGACAAGUCGCAUUGUUUAAUGACGGUACAAAUAGCUCACAAUCCUUUCCUCAAGAUUCUGCGAAGCUUGAUGAAAUUGGAAGAAAACCAGAUGUGCAAUUUUUCGAUUUGAGCACCAUAAUUGUUGCCACAGACAAUUUCUCCCCAUCUAAAAGGCUUGGACAAGGUGGUUUUGGCCCGGUCUAUAAGGUUAGUUUCUUGCACACAUUAAAUCUAAAUAUUUACCAAUAUUACUAUGUCAUUUUUUCCACCACUGCCCAGGAGGUAUGGGAAAACCUUCGGGAUCGUUUUUCUCAAAGCAAUGCCCCUCACGAAAUAAGAAGGAAAUUGUUAGAUUGGCGAAAGCGAUUUGACAUUAUUUCUGGAAUUGCUCGAGGAGUCUUAUAUCUUCACCAAGAUUCAAGGCUAAAAAUCAUCCACAGAGACCUAAAAGCAAGUAAUGUUCUACUAGAUGAGGCAAUGAAUCCAAAAAUUUCAGAUUUUGGGUUGGCUAGAAUGUUUGGUGAUGAUCAAGAUGAAGCAAGUACAAGAAAAGUUGUUGGCACAUAUGGAUACAUGUCUCCAGAGUAUGCAAUGGAAGGGUUAUAUUCUAUAAAAUCAGAUGUCUUCAGCUAUGGCGUCUUGAUACUAGAGAUAAUCAGUGGCAAGAGAAAUAAUUAUUAUCACAUCGGAAGUCCUUCCCUAAGUUUGAUUGGAUAUGUAUGGGACCUAUGGAUGGAUGGCAAAGCCUUGGACAUAGUCGAUCCAUCAUUGGGUCAGGAAUAUCCUACUCAUGAAGUUUUGAGAUGCAUUCAAAUUGGGCUCUUAUGUGUGCAAGAACAAGCCAUAGAUCGGCCAACCAUGCUUGAAAUUGUCUUCAUGCUUGGAAAUGAAGCAACUAUUCCAUCUCCUAACAAGCCACCAUUUAUCAACAGAACCAUAAAUUCUGGUCUUGAUUCCUCAGGCUCUAAAGGACCACCUGCUUCCUCAAAUAAGCUGACCAUCACCAUGCCUGAAGGUCGUUAAACUUGUGUACAACUAUUUGAUCUCUACAUCUGUAAAAGUUGGUCUGUAAAACUAUGAAUGUUGAGUAACAUUAUGCUUUUGAGUUUUAUCAUUCAAGUCAACCUUAUUUCUUUUGUUGGUUUAAUGACCGACAUUAGCAGUCGAUAACGAGUCAACUAUUCAGUUUCCU